AUGUCAGAAAUUACGCACACGACUCCCCUGGCGGUCCUUUCACUGCAAAACGCUGAGGCAGCACAAUGGAAUAAAGACCUCAUGCGGCAAUUCCACGCUGAACUGGACAGGAACCCUAAAGCUGACCUCUUGUCAAUGUUUCCUGAGCUAUACCGUCACGAACACCGAAAUUCACAGUAUCUCCAGCUAUCUCAUGCCGCCAAAAUCAACCUCCGAACUCUGCAUGACCUCCGCGAGGCCCUAAGGGAUGAUCCAGAGAUAAAUAUGCUAUCUGUGUUUCCGAAGAAUUACAAUCGCAAGAUCAAUAUGGCAACGGGUCAAAAAGUCUUACCCUCUAACGGGAUAGACAUCCCGGCACAAGGCCCAGAGUUCAGCACCCGUCUGGAUAUUGCUAAGUCGGCUAAGGUCGUCUUCCCAUUAUCUAAUACGGUGAUUACAUUGAUUACAACAUCCUCAAAGAACUCUCCAAACGGUCACAAAAAAACACUUGCCACAUCUCUCAAACAACUCCUCUUGGACUCGCCAAAGCUCUGGGAGUCUCCAGUGCGUGGCAUGGUAGUCCAGUGCAGUGAAAACAUUGUCGCCAAGGUUAUUAUUGGGAAUGGUGAUUCCACGGAAUACACAAGUCUGCGGUUUCUUGCUCAACGAGCGCCCGAUAUUCCUGUUCCAAGGGCUCAUGGCAUGGUCGCUCUUGGGCCUUUCAGCGUUAUUUUCAUGUCCUAUGUUCCAGGGAUGACGCUAGCCCAGGCAUGGCCCACUCUGUCUCAAAAGGAAAAAUUAUCAAUUCAACAGCAGCUGGGAGAUAUUUUCUACCACCUGCGAUCUCUACGGCCUGAUAGCCAACAUAUCGGUGGAGUGCACGGAGAAGGAGCCAAGGAGUUCCGGAUCAAUGAAACUGCCCAAUUCAAAGAUAUCAAGACUCCCCAGCAAUUUAGCGACUUGCAAUUUUCAAUCCGUCACCACGGCAGCAAUACAUACGUGGAAUUUCUCCGUUCCUUCUUACAAAAUGAGGAUCCUUCAAUGCUGAGAUCGGUUUUCACCCAUGGCGAUCUCAGGGCUGCUAAUAUUAUGGUCAAACAUGAUCCUCAUUUCGAUCGCCAUACAAUAACUGGUAUCAUCGAUUGGGAAGAUAGCGGCUUUUACCCUGCAUAUUAUGAAUCCACUGCGUUGACACGGUCUUUAAGCCCGAUAGAUGAAGACGACUGGUAUUUGUAUCUGCCCAGGAGUAUCUCACCAUCAGCGUUUCCCAUACGUUGGCUUGUGGAUCGGCUGUGGAGUAUUCAUCUCCGGAUCACUUAG